GGCGGGCGGAGGAGGAGCCGUCUUGGGCAGCCGCUUCACAGCGAUGGCGGCCGAGCAGGGUCGGCGGGGGUGGUGGCUGAAGCUGGAGAGGGCACUGGAGGCGGUAGUGGUGGGUGGCGGGGGCCUGUGAUCUAGAGGUGCCCCCGGGCCCGGGCACCAUGAGCCAAGGCCCCCCUACAGUGGAGAGCAGCGAACCCGAAGCAAAGAUCCUCCACACCAAGCGGCUUUACCGGGCUGUGGUGGAGGCUGUGCAUCGGCUUGACCUCAUCCUUUGCAACAAAACUGCUUAUCAAGAAGUGUUCAAACCAGAAAACAUUAGCCUGAGAAACAAGUUGCGUGAGCUCUGUGUCAAGCUUAUGUUCCUGCAUCCUGUGGACUAUGGGAGGAAGGCUGAAGAGCUGCUGUGGAGAAAGGUAUACUAUGAAGUUAUCCAACUUAUCAAGACUAACAAAAAGCACAUCCACAGCCGGAGCACCUUGGAAUGUGCCUACAGAACACACCUAGUUGCUGGUAUUGGCUUCUAUCAGCAUCUCCUUCUCUACAUCCAGUCCCACUACCAGCUUGAACUUCAGUGCUGCAUUGACUGGACCCACGUCACCGACCCCCUCAUAGGAUGCAAGAAGCCAGUAUCUGCUUCAGGGAAGGAGAUGGAUUGGGCACAGAUGGCAUGCCACCGAUGUCUGGUGUACCUGGGGGAUUUGUCACGCUAUCAGAAUGAAUUGGCUGGUGUAGACACUGAACUGCUAGCUGAGAGAUUUUACUAUCAAGCCCUGUCAGUAGCUCCCCAGAUUGGAAUGCCCUUCAACCAGCUGGGCACCCUUGCAGGCAGCAAAUACUACAACGUGGAAGCCAUGUAUUGCUACCUGCGCUGCAUCCAGUCGGAGGUGUCCUUUGAGGGAGCCUAUGGGAACCUCAAGCGGCUAUAUGACAAGGCAGCCAAAAUGUACCACCAGCUGAAGAAGUGUGAGACUCGAAAACUCUCCCCUAGCAAAAAGCGAUGUAAAGACAUUAAGAGGUUGCUGGUGAACUUUAUGUACCUGCAGAGUCUGCUGCAGCCCAAAAGUAGUUCCAUGGACUCAGAAUUGACCUUGCUUUGCCAGUCAGUCCUAGAAGAUUUCAACCUUUGCCUCUUUUAUCUGCCCUCCUCACCCAGCCUUGGCCUGGCCAGCGAAGAUGAGGAGGAGUAUGAGAGUGGAUAUGCUUUCUUGCCUGACCUUCUCAUCUUUCAGAUGGCUAUCAUCUGCCUUAUGGGUGUGCAUAGUUUGAAGAGAGCAGGAUCCAAGCAGUACAGUGCAGCGAUUGCUUUCACCCUGGCCCUCUUCUCCCAUCUUAUCAAUCAUGUCAACAUAAGGCUGCAGGCUGAGCUGGAAGAAGGCGAGAACCCUGUCCCAGCAUUCCAGAGCGAUGGCACAGAUGAACCAGAGACUAAAGACCCACUGGAGAAAGAGGAAGAACUAGAGCCUGAACCUCCCUCUGUGGUGCCCCAAGCUGAUGAGAGCAGAAAGAGUCGUAAGUACUCUCGCCUAUCUUGUCUCCGUCGCCGCCGCCACCAUCUGCCCAAAGCUGGUGAUGACAGUGAUCUGAGUGAAGGCUUUGAAUCAGACUCAAGCCAUGACUCCACCCGAGCCAGUGAAGGCUCAGACAGUGGCUCUGACAAGAGUCUAGAAGGUGGGGGCACAGCCUUUGAUGCAGAGACAGACUCAGAAAUGAACAGCCAGGAAUCCCGAUCAGACCUAGAAGACAUGGAAGAUGAAGAGGAAACACGGUCUCCAGUCCCAGAGCCCCCUCGGGCUAGAUCAGAGGCUCCUGAUUCCCUCAAUGGCCCUCUGGGCCCCAGUGAGGCUAGCAUUGCCAGCAAUCUUCAAGCCAUGUCCACUCAGAUGUUCCAGACCAAGCGCUGCUUCCGACUGGCCCCCACUUUUAGCAACCUGCUCCUUCAGCCCACUACCGAACCUCACACCUUGGCCAGUCACAAACUCUGUGUUAAUGGGGAUGUGGAGAAGCCUUUGGAACCAGCCUCUGAAGAAGGCUCUGAAUCAGAGGGUAGUGAGUCCAGCAGCCGCUCCUGUCGAAAUGAGCGCAGCCUUCAGGAGAAACUGCAGGUCCUGGUGGCUGAGGGCCUGCUUCCUGCUGUGAAGGUCUUCCUGGACUGGCUUCGAACCAACCCAGACCUCAUCAUCGUGUGUGCUCAGAGUUCUCAGAGUUUGUGGAACCGUCUGUCUGUGUUGCUGAAUCUGUUGCCAGCUGCUGGUGAACUCCAAGAUUCUGGCCUGGCCUUAUGUCCUGAGGUUCAGAGUCUCCUUGAAGGCUGUGAGCUGCCUGACCUCCCUGUUAGCCUGCUACUCCCAGAGGACAUGGCACUGCGCAACCUGCCUCCUCUCCGGGCUGCUCAUAGACACUUUAACUUCGACUCAGAUCGGCCACUGCUCAGCGCUUUAGAGGAGUCGGUGGUGCGCAUCUGCUAUAUCCGCAGCUUUGGGCACUUUGUUGCCCGCCUACAAGGCAGCAUCCUGCAGUUCAACCCAGAGGUCGGCAUCUUCAUCAGCAUUGCUCAGUCUGAGCAGGAGAGCCUGCUACAGCAGGCUCAGGCCCAGUUCCGCAUGGCAGAGGAGGAGGCUCGGCGGAACAGGCUCAUGAGAGACAUGGCUCAGCUACGACUACAGCUCGAGGUCUCCCAGAUGGAGGGCAGCCUGCAACAGCCCAAGGCCCAGUCAGCUAUGUCUCCCUACCUCAUCCCUGACACCCAGGCCCUCUGCCACCACCUCCCUCUCAUCCGCCAGCUGGCCACCAGUGGCCGCUUCAUCAUCAUCAUCCCAAGGACAGUGAUUGACGGCCUGGAUUUACUGAAGAAGGAAGAACCAGGGGCCCGAGAUGGGAUCCGCUACCUGGAAGCAGAGUUUAAAAAAGGAAAUAGAUACAUUCGCUGCCAGAAAGAGGUGGGAAGGAGCUUUGAGCGGCAUAAGCUGAAGAGGCAGGAUGCAGAUGCCUGGGCUCUCUAUAAGAUCCUGGACAGCUGUAGACAGCUGACUCUGGCCCAGGGGGCAGGGGAAGAGGACCCCAGUGGCAUGGUGACCAUCAUCACAGGCCUUCCAUUGGACAACCCCAGUGCGCUCUCUGGGCCCAUGCAGGCUGCCCUCCAAGCUGCUGUCCAUGCCAGUGUGGACAUCAGGAAUGUUCUGGACUUCUACAAGCAGUGGAAGGAGAUUGGUUGAGACUGACCUCCAGGCCCUGCAGUGGGGCUGACUCCAGAUCUCUCCUGCCCUCCCUGGCGACCAGGAUCAUCACCUGUAGUCACCCCACCACAUGCAGACUCAUGCACGCACACAGGAAGGAAGGCCAGCUGCACAGAGGCAGCAGGGAAGCCUCAGAGCCAGCCAGGAGGAUGGGGGCCCCUUGUUGCCAAGACGAAAUCAGAAAAGUGAGGGAAGUACUUGGAGCAGGAAAGGUCUCUGGGCCCCUAGCCAGCCAUCCAUCUUGACUCUCCUGCUAUCCCCAGGAGUAGUGGCAGGCAUGGGGGCCUGCAUUUCAUUGGAGCAGUUCCUGGACCUCUGAUGGGAAGGGAUAUCAGAAGAGAUGCUGUCCUCACCCAGGAUACAGGGUGGGUGGGGCUGGGAGUUUGGGCCUUCUGGGCUCUGGGGAAAAGUUGGGUGAUACUGCGUGUCUACGUGGUUCUCUGCAGACUCCUCCUGCCCUCAAGGACCUCUUAGGGCAGCUGUGGAGGCUCUUAGGGAAGCAGGGCCUGGAGUGGCCUACACAGCAGGGGCUGCAUACCCCAAUGCCCCACUUCGGCUUCUGCUGCUGUCCAGCUUCCAGGCACACCAAGGGCAGGGUGGGCUGUAUGGUGGUGCAGGUUCCUUCCCCACCAGUCCCACAGUAGUUGUGCUUUGUGCUCUUGGCUACUGUGUUGGGACAGGGGGUGCCAGUAAGGAAGUGAGAGAACACAGGCUGAGGCCACCCCUCUCACCGUCCAGGGAGGGCUGGUGGCAGUGCAACAGGGGUAAGGUCCCUCUGUCCUGGACUGUACUCUCUUUGCCCAUCACCAAGUCUAGAGGCCUGGUGGGCUGAGUGAGCAUGGGCUGGCUUUUGGUGUGUCAAGACACAGGAGCAGAGAUCAUGAAUAGCUCAGGGCAGAAUGGGGCCCUGAGAGCAGGACUGUGGGGGAAGCUCUGGCCAGGGUUGCCUCAGCCGCACCCCUCAAGCUGGAAGCAAGAGCUGGGCUGGGGCAGGUUUCUUUUCUGCUAACCCCCUCCUAACCUCAGUUUGGCUGCGCUGAGAGGAGCUGGCUCCUUGCCUUCCUCCAAGAUGGAGGGUCUGGGAACAUGGGGUCAUCCCACCUCCAGUUCCUGGUAGAGAACAAGAGUCAAGCAUUACUUAAUAAAGACCCCCAAGCCCU